AUGAGUACGUUUGUGUUACUGGAAGCAACGCGAAUAGUUCUCCAGACGGCUAUACCGAUAGCUAUAGUCGGGAUGGGAAUGCGAUUGCCAGGGAAUUGUCAUAAUAGUGAAGCUUUCUGGGACCUACUCAUCAACCAGCGUGACGGAAUGAUCGACAUUCCUUCAAGUCGAUGGAACAGCGAAGGCUUCUACGAUCCACACGGGCGGCCUGGUACCACAAAGGUCAAUAAGGGUAACUUUCUGGGCAGCAUUGAUCCAGCGGACUUCGAUGGAAGUUUUUUUUCAAUGUCGGCGGCACAGAUUGCCAAGGUCGACCCACAACAUAGGGUCCUAUUGGAGACUACGUACGAGGCGCUUGAGAAUGCUGGAGAAAGUAAUUUUAGAGGCAAGAAGGUAGGUGUUUAUGUGGGCAUGUUUGCCGACGAUUAUGUCGAGAUGCAGUCGAAGGAUUCAGAACCUCAUGAGUUCCUGUCCCUCACAGGUCACUUGGAUCUCUUUGGAAGUAACCGUGUCUCUCACGAAUUUGAUUGGACUGGACCUAGCAUGACAAUCAAGACAGGAUGCUCUGCAUCAUUGGUAUGUCUCGAUCAGGCAGUCAAGGCACUACGUGCUGGAGACUGUGAUGCCGCAAUCGUUGGCGGUGCCAACCUCAUCAUGAGCCCCGCUCUCUCCUGUGCGCUGGUCGCACAAGGAGUUAAUUCUGCGGACGGAAUAUGCCGUUCAUUUGAUGCAAAGGCAACCGGAUAUGGUAGAGGAGAGGCAGUGUCUUCUCUGCUUGUGAAGCGUUUGGACGACGCUCUGAGGGACGGAAAUCCCAUACGCGCGAUCAUCCGGUCAACUGCUUGCAACGAUGACGGCAAAACACCGGGAAUCACCCAACCCAACACGGUCGCCCACGAGGCUCUAAUUAGGGCCGCAUACCGUACUGCAGGAAUUUCAGAGGAAGAUCUCAACAAAACUGGUUUUUUUGAGUGCCACGGAACGGGCACUGCGGUCGGUGACCCAAUCGAGGUCGGCGCUGUGGCUCGUGUUUUUGGCAAGGAUGGCAUGAUAAUUGGAUCGGUCAAAUCCAAUAUUGGGCACUCGGAAGGCGCGAGUGGAAACACAUCAGUCAUCAAGGCCAUCUUAUCAAUGGAGCACCAAAUCAUCCCACCAAACGUAAACUUUGAAACACCUAAUCCGAAAAUUCCUUGGAAAGAAGCAAAUCUCAGGGUCCCUACUGAAUGUAUGAAGUGGCCAUCGGAUCGUCUAGAGAGAGCAUCAGUAAACUCUUUCGGCAUUGGCGGAACGAAUGCACACGUUAUCUUGGAAUCAGCCGCUGCUCACGGAGUGAAUCGACCAAAGUUGCUGUCUACUGAGCAAAAGCCAAGGCUUUCCCUGCUUCUAUUCACUGCAAGGAGUGAGAUCUCUCUCCAAGAAUCUAUUAAUAAGCACGCAGAUUACAUCCAGAAACACGGCUCAUCGCGACUGGGUGAUAUUGCGUAUACACUCGGUACACGUAGGGAGCACCAUGAGCACCGCACUUUCUGCGUUUCCGACGGCGAAGAGCCACUUGCGGCUCUACCAUCCUUGAGAACUAAAAUGACUACUCGUUCUACGGUUUUCGUGUUCACUGGUCAGGGCGCCCAGUGGGCGGAGAUGGGAAAAGACUUAAUAGAAGACUUUCCUUCUGUCAAAGAGAAUAUACAGGAGAUGAACAAAAUCUUACAAGAAUGCCACACCCCGCCGUCGUGGAACAUACUAGGUAUAGAAAUCUUCUCGUUGAAUAAGAAACUUCCUAAUAAAACUUGGGCAGAGGAAUUGAGCAAACCAAAAAUACGAAGUCAGAUCUCAAAAGCGGAAUUUUCUCAGCCAUUAUGCACUGUCAUUCAAAUCGCUCUAGUAGAUCUCUUCCGUACGUGGAACGUCAAGCCCGAUGCUGUUGUCGGCCAUUCAAGCGGAGAGAUUGCCGCAGCAUAUGCCACGAAUGGCCUUACAAAGAAGGAAGCAGUCCUCGCAGCUUACUUCAGGGGCCUGAUCACUAGCAAAAAGGUGGCCGAGGGAACGAUGGCGGCUGUGGGACUUGGUCCAGAUCAGGUCCGAAAGCUUCUGAAGCCAGGAGUAGUGGUUGCAUGUGAGAACAGUCCAACUUCAACUACAAUUUCCGGCGACCGUAGUGCAGUUGAGGAAUUCAUCGCCACCCUUCGCGAGGAAUCGCCUGAUGUCUUUGUGCGUCCUCUGCAAGUCGACAAUGCCUAUCAUUCUCACCACAUGCAAGUCUUUGGUGAUGCCUAUGAGAAAGCACUCUCAGACGUCUCUGCCGCCAACCAACCCAACAUUCCCUUCUUCUCGUCAGUUACCGGUGAGAUUAUCACUUCGGCAAGCACAUUCACCCCGUCAUACUGGCGAAGCAACCUUGAAAACCCAGUAUUGUUCAGUAAAGCAGUCCGCAACAUCAUUCAAUCUGACCUAGAAAAUCCUGUUUUCCUUGAGAUUGGGCCCCACUCAGCUCUUGCUGGACCUCUUCGUCAAAUCUUCUCGGCUGAGAAUGCGACUUUGACCUACGUCUCUAGUUUGGCACGGGGUCAAGAUGAUACCGAGUCAGUGUACAAUGCCGUCGGGAAUCUCUGGAGAAACAAUGUCACUGUCGAUAUGAGCGCUCUAUACCCUACUGGCUCAGUGCUGACCGAUCUUCCGACCUACUCGUGGGACCGUUCGGUCAAGUUCUGGGCUGAAAGCCGCAUGUGCAGUGAGUGGAAGAACCGAAAUUUCCUUCCACACGAAACACUAGGUGUACGGUUGCCCGGAAGCAGUCACCUCAUGCCUACUUGGAGAAAGGUCUUGCGUCUCGGUGACGUGCCUUGGAUACGCGACCAUGUAAUUGGCUCUGAUACCGUAUUUCCUGCUGUUGGAUAUGUCUCCAUGGCAGGUGAAGCUAUCAGGCAGCUUACAGGACGCUCUGAUUACUCUAUGCGUGAAUUCUCGAUUCGCAGUGCCAUGAUCGUCAAUGACACGCGGCCCGUCGAUAUCGUCACCACUUUCAAGCGCUCAAAGGUCACGACGACCAUCGAUACUGACUGGUGGGACUUCCGUAUCACUUCAUUCAACGGCUCUACCUGGAGUGAGCACUGCUCUGGGCAGGUAAAAUCAGGUCCAGCUCGUCCUAACAUGCAGCCGGAACCUCAGCCUAACUAUCUGAGAAAGGUCUCUGCCGAAGGCUGGUACAGGAUUAUGGAGAGGAUCGGGUUCACUUACGGUCCUACUUUCAGGAACAUGCGAGACAUCUCAGCAAAUCCGAUUGGACACGAAGCAGUAUGCACUGUGGGCAAUUUUUCGGAUGAAACCGGGUGUUUCUACGAAGUGCAUCCGCGCAUAUUGGACAAUCUGCUCCAGCCCAUGACUGUCUCUAUGUACCAAGGCAAUCCUUCACUGUUCAACCAACUUAGUAUGCCUACAUACAUUGGGGAACUAUAUAUCUCUGGUGGGAUGAAAGAGAUCAAAGUGACGACCAAGGCGUGGCAAGACUUAAUGGGAGCCUGGUGUGGCUCUUCAGUCGGCACUUCUGACGGCAAACUUGUUUGCGAGAUGAGGGGCCUCAAAUUUUCGCCUCUAGGCGAAAGUGAAGAGCAGAAAGAGGAGUUGAAGAACACCGUUCAAGUCGUUUGGAAGCCUGACGUUGACUUCUUGGAUCUUGAGGACCUGGUUCAUGCGCCAGUCGACAUGACAGAGCCUAGUGCCCAACUUGAGAAGUAUUUCUUCCUCCGCGCGAUUGAUACUGUCAAGAUCAUGGACAGCGUAGAGGACGUAAAGCUACCUCAUGGAAAGAAGUUCCGAACGUGGCUCAAAUCGUAUGUUGACAAAGUAUCCCGAGGGGAUCACCUUAUUCUCCCCGAGGGCCCUCAACUGGCUUCUCUUUCUGAAGACAAGCGUAAUGCCUUGGUUCGUGAACUACAAGCGGAGCUUGCAGCAUCCAAGUGGACGCCAACUAUGGAAACAGCAAUUCGAAGAGUCCAUGAGAAUGCAAAGGACCUUCUUGAAGGCACUGCAGAGAACAUUGUCUACCUCAUGGAGGACAAUAUCUUGAUGCAGAUUUACGCCUUCUUCAGCGUGUGCUGGGACUAUGCUCCUCUUCUGGAGGUCCUUGGUCAUUGUAAGCCAACGAUGAAGAUUCUUGAAAUCGGAGCUGGUACUGGAGGUACCACAAGGAACCUGCUUCAAGGACUCAUUUCCGAAUUUGGAGAGCGUUUGUACUCCAAAUAUGACUACACAGACAUCUCAGCUGGAUUCUUUGUCGCCGCGAAAGAGCGUUUCAAGGAAUACCAGGGCAUUGAGUAUUCAGUCCUUGACAUCACCCAAGACCCGCAGGCGCAAGGGUUUGAAGAAGGCUCGUACGAUCUCAUCGUUGCAGCAAACGUUCUCCAUGCCACGCCUUCGAUUCAAGACACCCUAUCGCGAGUGAAGAAGCUGUUACACCCUAGCGGCCGACUGAUGCUUCAGGAGAUGGAUAUGCCCGCCAAGUGGGUCAACUUCAUCAUGGCUGGUUUCUCUGGUUGGUGGCUUGGUGAAGACGAUGGUCGCGUGGAUGAGCCAUAUAUGACUCCAGACAGAUGGAAUCUUGAACUAAAGGCCGCCGGCUUCACUGGUGUCGAUGCGAAAUGGUACGAUACCACGCCGCCAUUCCAGGUCUCCGCCACCAUUAUCUCUUCGCUUGCCCAGCCGACACCCGCCAGGAAGAGUGUGUCCUUUUUGUAUCGUGGAGAUUUUGAUGCACAGUUAGAGUCGUACCGGGCCACUUUCGAGGCCAAUGGUCACUCGGUUCAGCCAGUACCCUUUGGAAGCCCCCUCCCCGUUGAUCAAGAUGUUGUUUCCUUCCUGGAGCUUGAAUCGCCCUUCUUUCACGAUAUGAAACAGACUGAUUUUGAGUACUGGAUUGAAAUGGUCGGCAGAAUGGGCGCUGAAAAGUGGCUCUGGAUUACGCGAACAGCAUCCAUGGGCGCAACAGAGCCUGGCUAUGCCAUGUCCCUCGGCUUCGCGCGUACCCUCCGCUCAGAGAAGAAAAUCACCAUUACAACUCUCGAGAUCGAUGAAGUCAACGCCCCUAGCAGCCCACAGAAGGUCGUCCAGGUCUAUGAAAAAAUCAACACCCCACCACCAGACGACGAUAUGGAGCCCGACUUUGAAUUUGCGAUCAAAAACGGAGUUAUUCAUCUGCCAAGGUAUCAUUGGGUCUCCAUCAAGGAAGAGUUGGAGAAAGCUGCCGAAGAGGUCGAGAACAAGCAUCUCUGUAUCGGUCAGAAGGGCUCCAUCAAUGGCUUGCGUUGGGAGGACAAUGAAGCUGUCAGUCGGCCGUGUGCACCCAACGAAAUUGCUGUUCGUCCGCAUACAGUGGGCGUGAACUUUAGAGAUAUCGUCCAAACGCAAGGCCUCAUUGAUAGCAGCGAUCUUGGAGGAGAAUGUUCCGCUAUCGUAACCGAGGUUGGUUCAGACGUUACAGACUUCAAAGUCGGCGAUCGUGUCUUUGGCAUGGUUGCUGAAAGUUACUCUAAUCGUGUGCUCGAUAAGGCUGAGCUCUUCGCCAAAGUCCCAGAUAACUUGACCAUGGAGGAGGCAGCCACGAUGCCUACUACCUAUCUGACGGUGAUAUUCGCGUUGCGACAUGCUCGCCGGCUGAACAAAGGCGAUAUUUUCGCAACAGUUGGCACUGAGGACAAGGUUGAGUUUUUAGUCAACAACUUUGGCAUUCCACGUGAGCAAAUAUUUGACUCUCACAGCAAUGCAUUCCGCACGGAAAUCCUCGCAGCAACCAACGGACGUGGUGUCGAUAUUGCUCUCAAUUCUCUCGCCGGUGAGCUUUUACACGAGACCUGGCAGUGUAUCGGCGACUUUGGUGCAAUGAUUGAAAUCGGAAAGCGCGACUUCUACGGGCACGGAAAAAUAGACCUCGUCGGCUUCACUGACAACCGCAGCUUCAUCGGCGUGGAUGCUCACCAUAUCCAGCACGCGCGACCUGAUUUGUGUGGAAGACUCGUGCGUGAGUUGGCUGAAUUGAGUUCCGCAGGACACAUCCAACCGAUUCGCCCAAUCAAGAACUUUGGUGUCACAGAGAUUGCGGAUGCGUUCCGUUACAUGCAAAAAGGCACACACAUAGGCAAGAUCACGGUGACUAUGCCCGAGGAUCCGAAGGUGUUCAAGGAAAUCACCUGCAAGAAACAUCAUCCUAAACUCAACGUCCACCCAGAUUAUUCAUAUCUGCUGGUUGGUGGUUUGGGAGGUAUCGGUCGCUCCAUCGCUCUGUCGCUCGUUCUCAAUGGGGCUAAACACCUCAUAUUCAUCUCCCGUUCAGGGAGGUCAUCAAAGAAUGAGCACUUCCUCCAGGAGCUUGAGGUCCUCGGAUGCUCGGUUCAGGUACUGGCAGGAUCAGCUGCCGAUCUCGACCUGGUAAAACAUGCGGCUAAGACUGCUACAAAGCCUAUCCGCGGUGUCAUCCAGCUUGCCAUGGUGUUGAACGAUCAAGCCAUUGGAUCGAUGACCUGGGAUGCAUGGAAGGCAGCCACUGAGCCCAAGGUCACCGGCACAUGGAACCUACACCACGCCGUACCAGACGUUGAUUUCUUCAUCAUGUUCUCUUCCAUAAGCGGCUUGAUGGGUCAAAUUGGUCAAGCAAAUUACGCAGCAGCAAACACCUUCCUCGACGCUUUUACGCAGUACCGCCACAGUCUUGGACUUCCGGCUUCCGUCAUCGACUUGGGCGUCAUGGAGGAUGUUGGUUUCGUCGCCGCAACCGAAAACUUGCUCGACUACUUCAAAUCACAGUCAUCUACCACGCUGACUGAGAAGGACAUCUUCGAUAUCGUGAGGCUCGCCAUCUCUCGCUCAAGCCCUGCUUUAAUUUGGAAGGGUGAUGGCUUCUCCGACCAGGGCCAGUUUGCUCCAGGCGUCCGCACUACUCUCUCAAUGUACGACCCCAACAAUCGUGUGAUCUGGAAGCACGACCGCCGUUUCGCUAUCGCACGAACACUUGAUGUGGAGAACAGUUCUGCGUCCUCUACAUCAUCUAAUCUGAAGGCUUACAUAUCCGGCUUGAGUUCUGCGUCUGAUGAAAGCGUAGAGUACGUAGCCAAGGAAAUCGGCAAGACGCUCUUCGGAUUCCUGAUGCGGAAUGUUGAUGAUAUGGAUAUUGAUGAGUCGUUGAGCUCGAUCGGAUUGGAUAGCUUGGUAGGCAUUGAACUGAGGAAUUGGACGAAGCAACAACUUGGCUAUGAGAUUAGCAUUCUCGAGUUGAUGCAGAGUACCCUGAAAGACUUGUCAAAGGGCGCUGUGAAUGCUGUCCUGGCAAAGCAAAAGUAGUUGUACUAGGUAAAGGUCUAGGCUCGUAUAUUUUUGGUUUGGCACAAAGAUUUUGGAGAGGAAAUCAGGGACCCGUGGGAGAGAACCCUAUUAAAUAUUUCGUUGUCACAAUCGCCUUCACCUCUGCCUUGUCAAGUGUACCAAGAUUAGUCAGUAAGCUGAAGCACUGAGCCCUAUGUUGAUGCAUGAUCACAGUCCUCAGUUCAAUGUGGUCCAGAGAUGACGAUUAUCGAUCCUGUUCGCAUGCUUGUCAGAAGUCU